GGCCGGAGCAAGAAAGCGGAGUCAGGUUGCUAAAAUGUGUCCUAUAAUCACCCAUGAAUCCGCCCAUGAGCGUACCUCGCGUCUGCGUGAGAGUAACCCAUCUUGCGCUGCUAUAGGAUCUUUGCUUUUGUCUACGUUCCAGGCGGUGACGCGAACGCAUGGUGUCGGGGUCGCGCACGUGGCCAUGAACAUGGUGGGCAGCGGAUAACGGCGGUGGCUGCGGCGGGAGCGGGAGGACUGCAGGGCCGCGCAGUUAUCAAAUGAGAGAAGCUGGAUUUGUUGGACAAAAUGGGAAAAGAAGAGAAGAAUUAUGUCAACAAGGAAAGUGAAGAUGAGAUGGAGAUCUACGGUUAUAAACGAUGUGUGUGGAAGUUGCUUCUGAUUGUUGUUGGGGUCGUCUGCUCUGGUGGUUCCCUUCUGCUCCUACUUUACUGGAUGCCUGAGUGGAGUGUGAAAGCAACCUGCACCAAAACAGCCCUCAAAGAGGCUCAAAUAGUGCUACUGAGAACCACUGAUGAAUUUAGGACUUGGUUCCGUGCAAAGGUUUACACGUUAUUGACCACCGGAAUGGACCCAAUGGAAAAUUCCGAAUCCCAAAUCAGUAAGUCAGUGAAAAACGAUGAAGAGUUGUGCACCGGUCAGCAUCAUGUUGAACACAGCAAGAAGAGGCUUCUCAGGAAAAUAUCAGAAAAUCAAGCACUGAUGGUUCGUUAUUUUGAACACCGUAGUGUAACGUACUUUUGGAACAAUAACUUACAAAACUUUAAAGAUUUAAAGGGUCUGACUGAGGGCAUUUCAUGGUCAGCUAUACACACGCAUUACAGUAACGGGCUGAGUAAAGAUCUGGAGGAGUAUCGCAAGCUGUUUUUCGGAGCAAAUGAAGUUGAAGUCGAAGUUCCUUCUGUUUUUAAGCUAUUAAUUAAUGAGGUGCUCAAUCCUUUCUACAUAUUUCAAAUAUUUAGUAUAACUGUUUGGAGUUUUAAUGGCUAUUAUUAUUACGGUGUGGCAAUUAUCAUAAUGUCAAUUAUAUCGAUUGUGACCACGCUACAUACUGUUAGAAAGCAAUACGUGAUGUUACAUGACAUGGUAGCGGCCCACAGUACUGUCAGAGUUUCAGUUUGCAGAGCAGACAAUGAAAUAGAAGAAGCUUUGUCUACAGAUCUGGUGCCUGGUGAUAUAUUAGUCAUUCCAUCGAAUGGGACUAUAAUGCCCUGUGAUUCCGUACUGCUGAGCGGCACUUGCAUUGUUAAUGAAAGCAUGUUAACAGGUGAAAGUGUUCCUCAAACAAAAAUCAGUUUGCCAAAUCCUAUGAAGACUUCAAAAGGUCUAGAAGAUGAUGAAAUCUACUGCCCGGAAAACCAUAAACGGCACACGCUCUUCUGUGGCACCACGGUCAUCCAGACACGGUUUUAUUCUGGAGAACGUGUUAAAGCUCUUGUAGUGAGAACAGGUUUCAGCACCACAAAGGGGAGACUGGUGCGUUCAAUCCUGUAUCCAAAGCCGACUGAUUUUAAACUGUACAGAGAUGCCUACCUCUUUCUGCUCUGCCUCGUGGGUGUGGCAGCAAUAGGCUUCCUCUACACUAUUAUCCACAGUAUUUUAAAUAAGGUGAUAAUUGCCACAAUCAUCAUUAAAUCACUUGAUAUCAUCACCAUCACAGUUCCCCCUGCCCUUCCUGCGGCCAUGACUGCUGGCAUUGUCUUUGCACAAAGACGACUGAAGAAACUGGGCAUUUCCUGCAUCAGCCCUCAAAGAAUAAAUAUCUGCGGGCAACUUAAUCUCAUUUGUUUUGACAAGACUGGAACGCUUACCGAAGAAGGUCUGAACAUUUGGGGAAUUCAAAGAGUGGAAGAUAAUAGUUUCUUGCCAUCGGAACAUAACAUUUGUAGGGAGAGCCUGGUGAAGUCGCAGUUUGUGGCUUGCAUGGCUGUCUGCCACACACUUACCAGAAUCGAGGGCAAGUUAUCUGGUGACCCAUUGGAUUUAAAGAUUUUUGAAGAAACUGGUUGGGUUCUUGAGGAAGCUACUGAAGAAGAGACUGCUUUACACAAUCAGAUCAUGCCCACCGUGGUUCGACCCUCGAAACAACCUCUCCCUGCAGCUGAGGCAGGCAUGGAUCGUGAAAUGGAAAUGUUUGAUCUCCCAACAACGUAUGAAAUAGGUAUAGUAAGGCAGUUUCCAUUCUCCUCCUCUCUGCAACGAAUGAGUGUUGUAGCCAGGGUACUGGGUGGAAAACAAAUGGACGCCUACUUAAAAGGUGCUCCUGAAGUCAUUGCCAACUUAUGCAAAGCAGAGACAGUUCCUGAAUGUUUUACUGAGGUGCUGAAGAUAUAUACAAAACAAGGAUUUAGAGUCAUAGCACUUGCCCACAAGAAAUUAGGAUCGAGGCUAACGUGGCAUAAAGUACAGAAUGUCAGCAGGGACGCCAUUGAAAGCAACAUGGAGUUCAUGGGACUCAUUAUUAUGCAAAAUAAACUCAAGCCUGAUACACCGAGAGUGCUCAAAGAACUCAGAAGAGCUAACAUUCGUACUGUUAUGGUGACAGGGGACAACAUGUUAACAGCUGUCUCUGUGGCCAGGAACUGCGGGAUGAUUUUACCACAGGAUGAAGUGAUCAUCGCAGAGGCUCUACCUCCUAAAGAUGGACAAGUUGCACAGAUCCAUUGGCUGUACACGGACAAUGCUUCCAAACAUCUAGAGUCGGCUACAGAGAUCAUUGAUAUUAAAAUGGAAAAUAAGGGUUCAGGCGAUGGGCCUCAUCAGAAGAACCAUUACCAUUUUGCUAUGGACGGCAAAUCUUUCUCUGUUGUCACUGAGCAUUUUCAGGAUCUACUUUCAAAGUUAUUACUACAUGGCACAGUAUUUGCUCGCAUGGCUCCCAAUCAAAAGACACAGCUGGUGGAAGAGUUCCAGAACAUGGACUACUAUGUGGGCAUGUGUGGAGAUGGUGCCAAUGACUGUGGGGCCCUCAAACAAGCCCACGGUGGAAUCUCGCUGUCAGAACUGGAAGCUUCUGCAGCAUCUCCAUUCACAUCGAAGUUUGCAAACAUUGCCUGCGUCCCUAAUCUCAUCAGCAGGGAAGGACGUGCAGCUUUGAUGACAUCUUUCUGUGUGUUUAAGUUCAUGGCCUUGUACAGUAUCAUUCAAUAUCUCAGCGUAACCUUACUCUAUUCUGAGCUGAGUAACCUUGGAGAUUUGCAGUUCCUUUUCAUCGACCUGGCUAUCAUUCUGGUCAUUGUGUUUACUAUGAGUUUGAAUGCGGCCUGGAAAGAGCUGGUUCCACAAAAGCUUCCGUCUGGCCUUAUCUCUGCGUCACUGUUAUUUUCAGUACUGUCCCAAAUUGUUAUCAGCGCGGUGUUCCAGGUAACAUCAUUCCUUGCAGUCAAACAACAAACCUGGUAUGAGGUCUGGACACCAAAUUCAGAUACUUGCAGUUCAUCAAAGCUGAAUAUCACGCUAACGUACAAUAGCACAGAUAUUGAAGAUGCAAGGAAUAUUAAGAACUAUGAAAAUACCACUGUGUUUUUCAUUUCCUGUUUUCAGUACCUCAUAGUGGCCAUUGUGUUUUCCAAAGGAAAACCAUUCCGGCAGCCUUCUUAUGAAAACUAUCCUUUUGUGGUGACGGUGAUGGUUCUUUAUAUCUUUAUGCUGUUCAUAAUGCUGUAUCCCGUUGAAGUCAUUGAUUGGAUUCUUGAGCUGGUGUGUGUCCCGUACAAGUGGAGAAUUCGAAUGCUCAUAAUAAUCAUAAUAAAUGCCGUUGUGUCAUUUGUCACUGAGGUUGUCCUGCUGGAUCUGGCCCCGUGGAAGUUCCUGUUCAAGAGGAAGGAGCUGGGAUUGAACCAGCACACGGCCAAUAAUCAGCAGGAGGUGCUGGAGCAAGGGAACAAGAGCUGCUUCUCAUCUGUCCUCGGUGGUGGGAGCCGAAAGCCAAAGGCCAGAUAUCGGUACCUGGCGCGGGAGCUGCUAGUCGACCCCAACUGGCCUCCCAAACCCAAGACCACCACAGAAGCAAAUAAACCCUCCACUGAAAAUAGCGCAUGUCAAAUCCUUACAAUAACGUAACACUAAGUACUUCCAAAUAACUGCGCUUCAUACCGGCAACACUAGCUAUUUGGGAUUAAUUGGGGGGAGGGUGGUGUAGGGAGAAGAGGAUUGUGCAGAUAACACUGGUGUAUAUAUCAGAAAUCAUCAUCUAUCAGUUCAAGUCUACGGUCCGACGGUCAAUGCGUUUCCAUCUCGGCGCGAGUGGUUCGUACAACGUGGGCCCAGAGAUGACUACCCUCUCCACACACAGCAUCGUGGCUGGAGGGGGAAUGGGGACAGGGACUGUGUCAGUGGGGUCAGGAACACUGUCAGUGGGGAGGGCAAGGUUCAGAUGAGUGCCCGGCGUGGUAGUGUACAGGCAGGGCAGAUGUCAGUGUGUGGAGAGCGUAUGGGCAGAUAUUGUAGCUGUAGUCUAUAAUAUUGGGGGGGGGGGCUAGCAAUGCUGAUACAAACUGCUUUCCCACUUGGUAUUUCACCAACUGCCUUCCUGCAGUCACUUCCUGCAUCCUCUUGAGACUCAGUAAAUUUGCUGACACGAUAGUUAAACUAUAGCACUGUGUAAUAUCUAGGGGGGGGGGGGGGGUAAAUUAAUCAUGGACGGCAUAAGCUGUAGUUUGGAAUAACAUCCAUAACAAGAUUUCUCCAUUAAUGUGGAGACAAAAAAGGUUAACAAAAAAAAAACACAAAGUACUGGAGUAACGCAGCUGGUGAAGCACCAUCUCUGGAGAAGUGACAUCUCAGGUCAGGACCCUUCCCCAGUCUGAAAAAGGGUCUUGACCCAAAACGUCAGCUACCCAUGAUCUCCAGAGAUACUGCCUGAGUUACUCCAGCAAUUUGUGUCUUUUUUUCCCCUCAUUCAGUAGUGUUCAGGCUGAAAAAUGAUAGCAGAUCGGAAUACUUUAAGAGUAACGAGUGCUGAAAGUCAGAGAAGCAGAGAAAGUUCCAGGGCAGCAGACAGUCGACUAAACUCUGAAUACCAGUUCAAUUUCUACAAAUAGAAAGCCGAGGCUAGUUUUCAGUCACUGGGAAUAAUACAACAUUAUUUUGUGCUGUCCUUUUUUGGAAUAUAGUGCUUCCCAUGCAAGAGUUGACACACAAGCAGGAGUUUCACAGUGAUUAUCUUUACCAAAGCCUGUUCGAUCCACCAGCGUUGUACUGUCAUCUAGCAGGUGCACAGGGUGAAUGGUGCUAGCAAUUAUGCAACUCUCACAGUGUGCAAUCCAUACUUUGUCGUCUAUCAACCUUCAUUAGUGGAAGAUUAAGGUGGGCAUGAUCAGUUUUUCAAUGUUAUUCCUGUGAGCGAGUCUUGUGAUGAAAUGGACAGAUUGGGUAAUUAGUGCCGCAAAGUAAAGUUGCCCCCCCUGCAGCCAGCAUUGAACAGGGCAGGGACAGCGUGUGUGGACAUACUUAUGGUACGCCAGCAAAUUGCAGAAGUAUUUGUGACUGUUAACAGAUGCAAAAAUAUUUGUUGUUUAGGCAUUUAUCUAAAAAUCGGGAGGAAACAUAGAAAAUAGGUGCAGGAGGAGGCCAUUCAGCCCUUCGAGCCAGCACCACCAUUCAAUAUGAUCAUGGCUGAUCAUCCAUAAUCAGUUCCUGCUUUCUCCCCAUAUCCCAUAGGAAAGAGAGAAGUGCUAAUUUUAAAGUGGUUUAAUAGGUUGAAUGUGAAUUGAUUUACUUGGUGAGUUCAGACCAAACAGCAAGUUUUUGUGGUAGCAGUGAGGAUGUGAACUUGCUCCAAUGUCUAUCGGGAGCCACCACACAUUCUGUUCCCUCCCACUCAUUCUGCAACAACUGACCCACUCCCAGCAGUGAGAGGCAACAGUGAGUUUACAUAUUGUGUUGUGCUGCUGCAAGUAAGAAUUACAUUGUUCUAUCUGGGACACAUGACAAUAAAACUCUUGAUCCAUCUUUGUAACAUCAUACCUUUUCCUCAACUCAUCUUCUACCGAAGUUAUUAUCUAAACCAUGAAUACCUUCAUAUUUAGCUAUUCUGAUGUCUUUGGCCAAACUUCCACCUUUGAACCGAAUCCAAACAUCUGCUGUCUGAGUGCUGAAUGACUGAUAUUGAGCUUUGUGCCAGUAAGUUGUGUGUUUUACUGUCCAUCUAUCACUUUGCCCUCCUAUGUUGAAUAUUUUCUUGCCCCAAUGAAGACUGUGCCUUCAACUGCCUACAUACCAUUUUGUGCAUCUCUCCUGUGAAACGUCCUUCACGCUGACUUUGUGACCGGGCCUUCAUUGAUCCGACUUGCUGCCUCUCAUGCCUUCCUGUUGAAUUGUCUUUAAAGUUUCCCUGAGGCUCCAGUAAAUUGGUGAGAGGUUUGCUGUUUAUGUCGGUAGAGAUUGCUAGUCUCAUGUGAAACUGUUGAAACGAUAUUUUGAUGCUAGCUCUUAAUUAAGAGGUCUAAGUGUUCAGAAGUUAAGUAGUUGGAAUAACUCACAAUUCUUGUGCUAAAAUGUUAUCACUAAUUAAAAGAAUGGCAUUGAGUGGUUUCAGCUGGUCAAAGUGUUCUGAUAUUACUCAUCACCUGGUGAUGGAAGAGAGAGUAAGUGCACCCCCAGAUGACAACAGGGUAUUUUUUCAUCUUUUCCACCCCACAUCAAUAAAUGUGUUUAAUGGUUUAAGCAUCAAGACUUGAUCCCAACAAUUGGAAUAACUUCAGUACUGUUGUGAAAGAUGAUCGUAUAUUUUGGCUUGAAUCUUAAAUGCAACUGGAUAUCCUUACAGUACAGAAGCAUUUCUGAAAUGUUAUUUAAAAUUCAGACCAAUUCCCCCUUGUUAUGUUUUUGACCUUUUGUAUUAAAUGUCAGUGUCCGCACUUGAACACCAUCAACGUAGUUUUUCAGUUUUAAGUGAUGUAUUUUACUUUUACAAACCAGUUCAAUGCCAGCUGCUCUGUUCAAAAAAUUGCUCUUUCACUUUAUACUAGAAUUUUGGGAAAUUGUAUUUUUUGAUAAAUAAGAAGUAUAUUGAAUAAGAACUGUGUCUCCUGGGCAAUUAAUUAUUGGGCUUACUCUGUUUAUUUGGAGGAUAAUGGGAGCAAAGAAAUUCAAUAAUCUACAAAUUUACAGCAGAAACAAUGUUAUAAAUAAUGAAAAUGAUCAAUUGCCACAAUGUUGAGAAUAGAUAUUUCAGCUAACCUUGUCCCUCAGGGAUUUUUUUAAUUUUAGAUGUGUAAUAAUUUGGAUGCCAUCCAGGCUCAAAACUAUAAAUUGCAAAUAAUGCCCAAAUCACUUUGUCAAAUAAAACCAAUUCUACCCUUCCAACAUGUUUCACAUUUUGAGCAUUGUGAUCUUUUACAAUUUUUGUACAUACACUUGAAAUUUUCUAUCUAAUUUAUACUACUUAUUUUGAUUUACUUGAAAAGUUGAUGUAUAAAAUAUUCGAUGUAGCUAUGUCUUUAUGUAGAUAUUUGAUAGUAAUUUAAUUAACGAGCAUUAAUUAACAAAAUAAUGCUCUUAAGAAUUCCAUUGUUAUCAUGAUAGUAGGCCUGUAAAUUCUGCUAUUUAUCAUUUAUUGUAAGAAUACAUUUUUUUUAACAAAUCUAAAAUGUAUUUGUUGGUCAGCCUGUGAAUUGUGCGGAGUGGGAGAACUCACAUUGUCAGCAGAACAUUUGGUGAAAAAUGAUACUUCAUUGAAAAUCAACCUUUUAUGACUACAUUUCCAAAUUAUAAAUCUUUUACCAGCAUUGAAUUAGUUCAGAUAAAGAGUUGACCUUU